AUGGCGACGCGUUUCCUUUCCUUCAACCCUUCUGUUUCAGAUGCAGUAAAUCUUGACGAAUGCAUAACAGAGGAGCGUCCUGCAGACUCUCCGUUGCCGCUGCAGCACCGCUGGCACGUCUGGGAGCAGAUUCAAAGAGAGACGACGCCGACCUUCUGGCAACUAUGGGCGCAUAUUCCUCAGCCCAGCGAACUCCUGGGGCAUAAGAGAAUGGUUCGGCAAGAUAACAACGGAAGGAGCCACGUUGUUGACGCCUUGAUGAUAUUCAAGUCAGGACAUUGUCUUUCUUUUUCUCUCUUUAAUGCUUUAGGGUUUUCCUCAUGGUUGCCUUUGUUCAUUUGA